GCAGGAAGGUGGUACCGGCUCUGCUGGCGCCCAUGACGCAGCUGCAGCUAAGCUCGCGGCAGCUGCAGCCGAACAUCGCGCUGAAGCAGGCGGUGGAAGCCUUCUGCGAGGGCCGCCCCCUGGAUGAGCGCCGGGAGAGAGAACGCCAGAAAUUGAAGCGCGCCUGCGAGGAGCAGAAGGCGAUGGAGGGCGAGCUCAAGUCCAACUUCUCCAAGGAGAUCCAAGCAAUGAAGGGCCAGGUGCAGCAACUGGAGGAUCAGCUGGGCCAAGCCAAGAAUGAAUUGAAUGCUGCCCAGGAGAAGGCAAAAGCUGCUGACACAGGCUGCCGCUCCUUCCUCUCCCUGGAGUUGGAAGAGCUGGAGCGGGACCUCGCAGACCAGAGUGCGGAGGAGCUGGGGUUCAUGCAUCUGCCCUAUGCCACCGAGCUGCCGGCCGAGAGGCCGCGCUUCGGGCGGCCCAGGUCGCAGUCCGCUUGAGGCCGUAACAGCGUGGGGCCCGCGGCCGAAGGCUGCCCAGGAUGCAGUUGGAGGUGGUAGAGAGAAGAAGGGACAACGAAGCUGCACGGGGAAAGAAGGUGGGGGUGAGGUGGGGAGGCAAAUGUAUGGCGAGAAAACAUUUUUCUCUGUUUUGGCCCACGAGCGGGAGUCUUUUUAUCCUCAGUGCUUUGAAGCCGCCAGCGCUUCCGAAUUUGAGUGCAUGUUGCUCGUGCGCCAGGCUUGCUGGCGCAUGUGCCGUUUCUCGUGAGAUCUAUAAGCUUU